AUGUCUUUAUAUGCACUUGAAACUAUAUGUAAUGAUGAACAAAAACGACAAUUUUUACCACUUGCUCAUUCUUAUGAUAUUACAACUGCUUAUGCAGAAACAGAAGCGGUAUUUGUGCGUGCAACAGAUUCAUUUGUACUACAUUUACAUCAAGAAAAAUCUGCCCAGAUGCUUUCUCAGUUAAUUGAAGUAGGUGUAAAUGGUGUUCGUUUUGUAUACAAUCUUGAUGAUAAUAGCUAUCUUCGAUUGAAGAAUGUGCGUAUUCCACAUACUCAAAUGCCUAUGAAAUGGGAUGAAGUUGAUGAAAAAGGGUCCAAUAUAAAAAUCUAG